UUGAUAGAUCUGACCCGUUUCCUUGCCCUCGCUGUGUUUGUUGUACUAGGGGUAGGAGUGUACUACCACGCUGUCCUGUGGCCGGAUCACACGACUCUAUGGAAUGGCGAUUGGGUCGACUGGAGAAUCUGGAAGAUAAUUUAUUAUCCUUACUGGCAGUUACAAGGGGAGUCUAACAAUAAAUAUCUGGAAGGAGGUAUUCUAACAAGCUGUACUAACGUGACGAGCGUCUGGGAGGCGGACCCGUCCAUUGACCGCUGUCCUGAGAAGGACUGGACUGUGUCAGCCAUAUCCGCCAUCUACAUACUGUUCUCAAACCUGGUCUUAGUGAAUUUGGUUAUUGCCAUGUUUAGUAAUACCUUUACAAGAGUUCUCGAGAAUUCUGAAACCUACUGGAGAUUUAACACAUGCACUGUAAUCAACGACUACGUGUGGAGAAUUCCAUCUCCCUUCAAUCUUCUUCUACCGUAUCGAUUCUGCUGCUGCUUUAAAAGGAACAGGGGAUGUAGAGAAAAAAUUAGAGGAUGUUUUAACAAAGUACAGGAACUGGAGUUUGCCAAAGAACAAAGAAUUUAUCGAAUCCAUCUCCAGCGGAACACUGCAUUUGAAAUAUUCAAUAGAAUGUGAAAGAAGACAGGAUUUUUCAAUAAAUAAUUUUGAUGUACUUAUUCACCAACAUAAAUUGUUUACAGUACAACAGACUAAUGAAAUUAAUACAGU